AUUGAGAACUACAUCAAAGAGAGCAUGAAGGUGGAGAUGGCUCAAUUGCAGCAGAGCGCCGUCCACAAUCACACUGCAGCCAUGUUGGAAAUGGGAACCAACCUUCUUUCUCAGACGGCUGAACAGACGCGCAAGCUGACUGACGUUGAGACGCAGGUUCUGAAUCAGACAUCGAGGCUCGAGAUCCAGCUGCUGGAAAAUUCUCUUUCCACUAACAAGUUGGAGAAAGAGUUAAUGCUCCAGACCAAUGAGAUCAGCAAGCUGCAUGACAAGAACAGCCUCUUGGAGCAGAAGAUGUUCGAGAUGGAGACGCGACACAGGGAAGAGCUGGAUACCCUGAAGCAGGAGAAGGGGAGUCUCCAGGUCCUGGUGGGGAGGCAGAGCGGGGUUAUCGGGGAACUAGAAGCCCAACUAAACCGGGCCUCAGGAAAUGGCACGGCCCUGCAGAGACAGCAGCAGGAGAUGAUGGAUACCGUCCAUAACCUGCUCAACCUCUGCAACAAAGAUGGAGUUGUGCCUAAUAGCACAAAGGUUGUUGACGAGGAGAAGAAGUUUCGAGACUGUGCAGACCUCCACAAGGCUGGCUUCCAUAGGAAUGGAGUCUACACCAUCCAGAUCAACCCUCAGGAGACCAAAAAGGUGUAUUGCAACAUGGAGACAGCUGGUGGUGGAUGGACGGUCAUCCAGCGUAGAGAAGACGGCAGUGUGGACUUUCAGAGAACGUGGAAGGAGUACAAGAUGGGCUUUGGGAGCUUGUCUGCAGAGCACUGGUUGGGGAACGAGUAUGUUUACCAGUUGACCCGCCAGAGGCAGUAUGCCCUCCGCGUCGAACUGACAGAUUGGGAGACGGACGGAAACCAGGCCUUCUCACUAUACGACCGUUUCCAAAUCGGCAGUGAGAAACAAAACUACAGGUAA